UUCGUCACUACAUCAAUGGUCGAUCACUGCGCACUGCGCAGCUCUCCCUUCAAAUCAUAAAAUUUUGGCCGUCCUAGUCCGGCAGGAAAGCAAUAUGGAGAAUAAAUUUCUUUCGAGAAAGUGUAACAUUAACCUGCCAUUGUAUUUCUAAGUAUCGUCAAUGUUCAAUGAAAAUUUUACGAGAGCUCUCCAGCAAAAUGGGAAAAUUACUUUCAAAAAUAUUUGGCAACAAGGAGAUGAGAAUAUUGAUGCUUGGUCUAGAUGCUGCUGGAAAAACGACAAUAUUGUACAAACUCAAACUAGGGCAAUCAGUUACAACAAUUCCUACAGUGGGAUUCAAUGUGGAGACAGUGACCUAUAAAAAUGUGAAAUUCAAUGUGUGGGAUGUUGGUGGGCAAGACAAAAUAAGACCAUUGUGGCGGCACUACUACACAGGGACCCAAGGGUUGAUAUUUGUUGUGGAUUGUGCUGAUCGUGAUAGGAUUGAUGAAGCUAGACAAGAACUACAUCGUAUAAUCAAUGAUAGAGAAAUGAGGGAUGCAAUAAUACUAAUAUUUGCUAAUAAACAGGACCUGCCAGAAGCUAUGAAGCCUCAUGAAAUUCAGGAAAAGCUGGGACUGACAAGAAUUAGAGAUCGAAACUGGUAUGUUCAACCAGCUUGUGCUACAACUGGUGAUGGAUUGUAUGAGGGACUCACUUGGCUUACAAGCAAUCACAAGUUAUAGCAUCCAGGUACUCACACUUUUUAGUACAUGACUACAACCAGCACUAUGAUGAAGUUUAUUUCCUGAGGUGAUUCUUAGGAUGCAGGCCUGGCACAUGACCUCAACAUUCCAAACUGCUGGCUCACAGUUUCAGAGAUUAGCACAUGAACUAAGCUAAGUGGUGUACAUAGUUAUUUAAAUCAAUUCACUAUCAAUGAUAAAAGGUUGUGAUUUGGUAUAUCAGACCAGUGUUCUUAAAAUUACCUCCAAUUUGUAAAUAAAUUCAGUACCUAGUAUUAUUAUAUUAACUAUGUUUUAUAUUGUGAAUUAUUGUUGCUGCAUUUAAAAUUUGAAAACAUUACAUAAUUUUAUGUUCUUUCUAUGUAUGCAAAAAUUUAAUGAUACAUUUUAAAGAAGUUGUAUUGAAUCUUUUAAAUAUGUUGUAUACUAAAGAUUAUCUAUUUAUGUAUUGUGUGAAUACAAAUACAGAUGUCAUACACAUUACUCUAAAUGGAAGAUUUUUGUUGUUAUAAUGGAUGUCUGAUUCUUUUUGUUCUUGAAUUCAACUUUUCUCUGAAUUCUUUCAAAUUAUGAAUGAGAAUUGUAUGUGUAUGAUAGUAUGAUUUUGUUGAAGUGAAAAUUCACCAAUCCAUGCCUAGUCAUUUUAAGUACUUGAAAUUUGACAUCUAGUAUCAAUUCCCAACUCAUAAAUGGUGUGUAGAUUUCAUUCCCUAAUUUAAGUGUUAAUUGUCAUUUUCACUCAGUAAUCCAUGUCAGCAUUCAUUGAAUUCAUACCACAAAAAAUGCUCAUUUAUGGUCAACUAUUUUAAAAGAGUUGUAGUCAAAGUAUGCAGGCUGGGUGCUUUGUAGUUUUGUUAGUAUUCAAAGAGAGUAGUAAUGUUGACUUCACAAUUAGAAUAUUCCCAUCACAAAUGAUAUGGAAUUCUAAUAACUGUUAAUAUUUAUGAUUUUUAUUCUUUUUUACUUUUCUUUUUAUUUCAUAAAUACUUAUUGCCAAACUUUAUUUCAUAUAAGUGAAGACUGAAUAGAUAUAUAAGACAUUCUUCAGCCAGUCAAGAAAGCUAUUUUUUUUCUUCUGAACAAAUUAUUUCAAUAUAACUAUCUCAGAUGAAAAUGUCAUAAUUUUUCAGAAAAUCAGUAAGUGUAAGAAUAAUCCUGCAAUACAUUCUUUUCAAUUUGUACCAAUAAUGUUGGAUAUUGUAGUUUUCUGAUACAUUGAGCUUAUCAGUGAUAAACAAAUGUUGGUCGAACAAAUUAUUGACCUGUGCACAUAUAAAUUUAGAUUUAAUCUGUUGAAAUGUUAAGAGUUCAAUUACCAACUGAGAACAUGAUCAUGGAUAUAAUGUCACAAAUUGGUGAUGAAUUUUAUUAUUAUUCACUGCAAUAACCUGCACAGGCUUGGUAGGAAAUGAUUAGAAAAAUAAAAAGAAAUAAAAAAUUAGGGGCAAUUGAAAUAUUUUCCAUGCUGCAUGGCUUAUCUAUUACAUAGGUUCCUUAUUCUGUUUUGUAUAGUAUGUUCACAAGGUAAAACUGUUUUUAUGUAAUUGUAACUAAACUAACUAGAUUAUAUUUUUAGGUACCUAUUAUUUCAUUCAUUUCAUAAGAUGUAUAUUAUUCAGGAAAUUAAUGAACUAUUGAAAAUUACAAAUCAUAUAAUAAACAAAACAUUGCCAAACAAAAUUAUAACUCAAAGAUAAUUCACCUACAUAAAGUAAACAAUUUUGAAAUUGUUAUUUAUUAAUUUUCGUUAGAGUUGAAAAAUAUUUGUGAUACAUGAUUUUUCUGAAAAUACGUGGAGGCAAUAUAAUAAAAAUUCAA